CUCCUAUUCACCCUUGUUGCCUUAGAGCAUCCUAAAGCUCAAGAAUCAUGUACGAUGUAAGUGAUACGUGAGCCAUUCUCGCGCGUAUAAAAGCUUUUAAGGCAUAACUCCUUUCCAUAGAUCUAUUACACCCAACGACACUUAACUCUUCCUUCAUAGCAAUACGGGAAAAGAGCGAGGAACAAAGUAUUAUUUAUACCUUGACGUAACUUUCCAACAUGAAGAAACCGAUAUUUCCCACAUUCACCAUCAAAGAUAAAGAUGGCGCAAAAGAAUACCUAAAACAAAUACUCCUACUUGUCGACUACGUCCGUGAUCUUGAUCUUCGGCUAAUUGUGCCUGUCGAUGCGGAAAAGGAAAAUACGCUUAACGCAGCUGACCUCUGGAUGCCGUUCGCAACAGACGAGCUUAACAAUGCCAAGUCCCGGCUCGUCAAUACUAACGACAAUACAUCGCGUGUUAUCGAUGAUGCAUUAAAUCAACUGCAUACCGUCGAACCGACAAUCAAAAGUCUCCUUGAUUAUUUCGACAAGAUGAACGGGAAAAGCUAAAGAGAAAGAGGAGCAAGGUGGGGGGCAAGGGAAUUAGGAUAAAGCGCCUCAUAGCGAUAGCUUUUGGUGUAUUUGCCAUCUAUUGAUGCGUUACACAUGCAAAUAUCGUUUGCAAGUACCAGGGCACAUGUUCUCCAUCGAUCAGCGGUCUCAACAAGUCAAAUAAUUAUUUGACUUGACUUGACUUGGCUUGACUUGACUUAGCCAAAUACCUAAUUUUAGCAUAUUUGAAUGAGUCAAGCUUUUAUUUUUUUUAUUUGACCAAUUACCCAGAUAUAUUUUAUAUGUCCAGGCCUACUUAUAUAUAUAUUUACG